CUCGAGAGAGAGAAUCUGUAACUCCUAGAGAGAGAGAGAGAGAGAGAGAGAGCACAAACAAGAACCAAUCACAGAGAGAAAGAGAGAAUUAACAACAAAAGUAAUUAGUCUCAUACGUUUUAGUACAAAUAAUAAUUCUCGUUAAUCCAUGAUUACAACUGUCUCGUUAUAGAAUCUUGCAAUAUCUCUCUCUUCUCUUUUUUGAGCUCGGAUUCUCACAUUCUAGGAAAAUGGAUGGGCCAUCUCACAGAGGCAGCAGUGGUAUAGAUAUGUAUUUACCAAAUUACAAGCUUGGUAAAACUCUUGGAAUUGGUUCCUUUGGAAAGGUAAAAAUAGCAGAGCAUGCAUUGACUGGGCACAAAGUUGCUAUCAAGAUACUUAACCGUCGUAAGAUAAAAAACAUGGAGAUGGAAGAAAAAGUGAGAAGAGAAAUCAAAAUCUUGAGAUUGUUUAUGCAUCCCCACAUCAUACGACUUUAUGAGGUUAUAGAAACACCAUCUGACAUAUAUGUUGUCAUGGAGUAUGUGAAGUCCGGGGAGCUCUUUGAUUAUAUUGUGGAGAAGGGUAGAUUGCAGGAAGAUGAAGCACGGAAUUUCUUCCAACAAAUAAUAUCAGGCGUGGAAUAUUGCCACAGGAAUAUGGUUGUUCAUAGAGACCUGAAGCCUGAGAAUCUGUUAUUGGAUUCUAAAUGGAAUGUGAAGAUAGCUGAUUUUGGGUUGAGCAAUAUAAUGCGUGAUGGUCAUUUCCUUAAGACAAGUUGUGGAAGCCCAAACUAUGCUGCACCAGAGGUGAUUUCUGGGAAACUGUAUGCUGGACCUGAAGUAGAUGUAUGGAGUUGUGGUGUUAUAUUGUAUGCUCUUCUCUGCGGUACACUACCUUUUGAUGAUGAAAACAUUCCCAACCUCUUUAAGAAAAUAAAGGAUGGGAUAUAUACUCUUCCGAGCCAUUUAUCACCCGGUGCAAGAGAUCUUAUCCCAAGGAUGCUUGUGGUUGAUCCAAUGAAGCGAAUGACCAUUCCUGAAAUUCGUCAACACCCAUGGUUCCAAGCUCGCCUUCCCCGUUAUUUGGCAGUGCCCCCACCAGAUACAUUGCAACAAGCUAAAAAGAUUGACGAGGAGAUUCUCCAGGAUGUUGUCAAGAUGGGAUUUGACAGGAUCCAACUUAUUGAAUCUCUUCGCAACAGAAUGCAAAAUGAGGCUACUGUUGCUUACUAUUUGUUAUUGGACAAUCGAUUUCGUGUUUCCAAUGGCUAUCUUGGAGCUGAGUUCCAAGAAACUAUGGAAACUGCAUUCAAUCGAAUGCAUCCAAAUGAACCUUUGUCUCCAGCUGGAGGACACCGCCUUCCAGGAUUCAUGGAUUAUCAAGGAAUGGGCGUGAAAUCACAGUUCCCAGUGGAGAGGAAAUGGGCUCUUGGCCUUCAGUCUCGAGCCCACCCUCGGGAAAUAAUGACAGAAGUUCUCAAAGCUUUGCAAGAACUGAAUGUAUGCUGGAAGAAAAUUGGCCAGUACAAUAUGAAGUGCAGGUGGAUUCCAGGCACUCCCGGUCACCAUGAAGGAAUGGUUAACCAUCCAGCACACUACAAUCAUUUCUUUGGGGAUGAACCCACCAUUAUUGAAAAUGAUGGAAUCAUUAACUCACCAAAUGUGGUCAAGUUUGAAGUGCAGCUAUACAAAACUCGUGACGAGAAGUACCUGCUGGACUUGCAAAGAGUACAGGGCCCGCAGUUUCUCUUCUUGGAUCUUUGUGCAGCUUUUCUAGCUCAGCUCCGGGUCCUUUAGGUAGCCUUUCGAGAAGACCUUUGCCAUGGAUCUCAUGUCAUGCCUGUGAGUAGGAAUUCACUCAUGAUGUAUAUAACUUCUCGGCUUAGCCUGUCUUUAAUGUCUUAAAUUUUCCCUUGGUUUCAUGAGUAGUAGUAGUUGCUUGAGGCCAUCCUACAGUGCAGAUGGUUAAAGCACCUUACAGUGGUUUUAUCUUAACUAGGAUUUCUCUCAAAAGUUAACCAUUUCUGUUCUUAUAAUUUCUAAGAAAGGAUAACCGAAUCUUGCUGCUUUUCUUGAAAUUAUGCCAUUAUGAUAACUAUAAUUGAGCAUGCACAUGUUAUUGUAAUUAUGCAUUUCAAGCUAUCCAGCUAGACAUCUCCCAA